AUGCAAACAAAAUUAGACGACUGGAAUUCAAGAAAACAAAAGGCAUCUCGUCUCCUAGCAUCCAUCAAUUUUCUUAAAAGAUGCAGAGACCACAACAUCAUCCCCAACUGUGUACGAUUGGCUCCAAGAAAGGACAUAGUUGGGAGCACCAGUAUUCUUGAAACAGCAAGUAGAAAAUUGUUAAUUAAACUUGUCGCCGGACACAGAACAGAGUAUCAACGACUAAACAUUCAAAUCCAAAAUGAAACGGAGGAAAUACGUGAGAUAUUAUCGGAAAUAGAUUGGAGGCAGUGCAUAAACAUCUUAAACACUCGGGCUCACAACAAAUUCAACAACUGCAAAGUCAUACAAAUAAAAAAAAAGUUUGAAAAACUAGCACAGAACACCAAUAGACACCUGUCAAACGUCGCGACUUUAAAUGACACACCCGAUACUAGUCAAAAUGUCACUGUCAUCUAUCUGUCAAAACAAAACUUGUAUAAACAAACAAUCAAGGUAUUAAAUAAAGGCUUAAAUUUUGCAACGGCACCGCGAAAAAUCCCUUACGAAGGAAUUCUCGAGAAGGCUCUCGCGGAGCUAAAGGCGAACGAAGACUUGGUAGUACUCCGAGCUGACAAAGGGAACGCAAUACCUAUAAAAAAGGCGAUAAAGAUCCCACAAACAAGGUAA